AUGACCGUUAGGCGACAGGCGGGCGUCACGGAUGGCGAUCUCGCCAUCCAAACGCCGGCGUCGGCGUCGCUGACAUCCGAGGCGCCGGAUCAAGGGCCGCGGGCAACUGUGAUUCCGGAGGUGGGGUCGUCGGCAUCGGAGGCGCUAGGUGAGGUGUCCGGUGGCUCGUCGGAAAGGCCCAUCGGGAGACGUUUCUGGGCGCUGCAGUCGGAUGAGGAAGAUGAUGGUGGGAGCGGUGAUGAGGAGGUAGAGUUUGCUUCGUCUGUUAGAGGAGGAGAUCGUUUGGCAUCCUUCUUCUGCCGCACUCCAACGCCGUCGAGGGAUGCGGAUCUUGCGGAAGGGUUAACCUGGAAGAAGAGUGAGGCGGCGGCUCCUGUCAUCCGGCGUCGCACAGCUGAGGUCGUCAUGAGUGGCGAUGGUGGUCGGGGAGGAUUCAACCCUGGGCGAGGUGGUUUCAAUCCUGGCCGAGGAGGGUAUGGUGGCGGCCGCGGAAACUUUGGUGGCCGCGGUGACUUUGGUGGUGGCCGCGGUGACUUUGGUGGUGGCCGAGGUGAUUUUGCUGGUGGCCGUGGUGAAUAUGGCUACGGCGGGGGGCGCGGAGACUACGGCAAACAGCGUGGUGGCUAUGGCGCCGGCCGCGGCGGCUAUGGUGGAAAUCGAGCUGAAUAUGCCCCGAGAGGUAGAUUCGGCCAUGCUGGACGGGGCAACACUGGCUAUGGCGGUGGGCGUGGUCACCAGGGCAACGGUUUUGGUGGAUUUGGAGCAAAUCGCCAGUUUGUACAGGGGGAAUCAAGUGGAUAG